AUGGCAACGGGGCCUUCGGAUAAGACGAGAGCGCAGGGUAGAGGAAUUAGCUUUAAGCGGACCGAGAGGGCUGUUGGGGAUGGAGGAAGACGACGACGACGACGACGAAAGGGAAGCCGGAAGUCUCAUCAUCCCAUAAUAUCCUUUAAAAAUUCCGCGCAUUCGUCGUCAUCGCCUUCAUCCUACCACAGACAGAUCAAGUAA